AUGGAGCUGACCAAGAAACUACUUCACCUGCUGCUGCUGCUGCCGCUUCUACUGUCCUUUACCUGGGCCAUGGGUCAGCAGCAGUUGUCGCACAACUUCAGCUUUAUGCAGGAGAUAGCAAGGCGCGCAGCUGGCCAACAGAGAUGGACGACCACGCCCAUCUUCAUCAGUCGCCAUGUGCAGCGAGACCAGGUGAAUGACUUGAUACGCUGGCUGCACAGCAACCUGAGCAGCUCCAGCUAUGUCUUCGAUGGCACUGAGGGGAAGCCGGAUCCGUUUAAUCCGUUGAGAAAUCACAUCAAGACGGACACCUUGAGUCUUCUGUUCUGCUACAGCACCGAGGAGCAGAUCUGGUGGCACUUGGAUGAACGUUUGAGGAAGCUGCGCCAGAGUCGUCUCGUUGUUUAUCUGUCGGCUCAGAGAAACGAGGUGGCUCUACGCAAUAUAUUUCUCAAGCUGUGGAGUUUGCAGUUCCUACGAGUUCUGGUGUUGCACAGGCAAAGGGUAUACGGAUACACGCCGUACCCAACGGUGCGUCACUUUGAGCGGCACCUGGAGAAUGAAGGAGAGGAGGAGCACCUCUUUCCAGCUGCUCCACGAGAUCUGAAGCAAUAUGUGGUUUCCACGCCGGCGGAGAAUGAUCUGCCUCGAGUCUUUCGCCUGCAGGACAAGCGCACGGGCCUGCAGCUCAUUCGCGGCUACGGCUAUCGCGUUCUGGCGGAGUUCUGUCACAGACACAACGUGUUGCUGCACGUGAGCAACGGCGGCCAGUCUCUGCCCAUCGACAGCAGCGUCAACAUGAGUCGCAUCACGGAGCUCAUUGGCGAGCACCAGCUGGAGAUCACUAUGCAUCCGUAUGUGGGCAUCGAUCGGAAAUUGGGCAUCCUCAGCUACCCGCUGCACAUAGCCCAGAAUUGUCUUAUUAUGCCGGUGCGGAAUGAGAUCCCUCGCUUCAUGUACCUGCUGCGUCCGUUCCAAUGGAACUGCUGGCUCCUGCUGCUGGCUGCCGUGCUCUACGUGAGUCUCGUCCUCUACUUUCUGAGUCCCGGGCCGAACGAGAACAGAGGACUGCGUGCCAUGCAGUGCCUGUUCGCAGGACUCGCUCAACUGCUCUUUCUCAGCUCGCCCACACGCAUUUAUGGGCCGUCGAUCCGCUAUUUCCUUGUGGCGCUGCAGCUCUCCGUGCUGGGUUUCGUUGUGACCAACUGGUACUCGAAUCAGCUGAGCAGCUUUCUGACCACCACCUUGGUGGGCGAGCAGGUGGACACGUUUGAGCAGCUCAUUGCCCAGCAGCAGAAAAUUCUCGUCAAGCAUCACGAGGUGGAUAUGGUCUUGCAGCAGGUUCCGCCACACCUGCUGCAGCAGGUGACCCGCUUGGUCGUUGGCUCCGAGGCCGGUGAACAGGUGAGCGCAUUGCUUAGCUUCAACCUCAGCUACUCGUAUCCCUUCACGGUCGAGCGCUGGGAUUUCUUUACGCUGCAGCAGCAGUAUGCCAUGAAGCCCAUCUUUCGGUUUUCGUCCGUCUGCCUCGGCGCACCUGUCAUUGGCUACCCCAUGCGCCGAGACUCGCACCUGGAAUCGCCCCUGAAGCACUUCAUCAUGCGUAUACAGAGCAUUGGCCUAUUUCAGCAUUGGGUCGUCUCCGACUUCAAUGACGCCCUCAAGGCGGGCUAUGUCCACUUAAUCGAUAACUCGCUGGGCUUUAAGGCCCUAGACCUGGACACGCUGCGCUUGGGCUGGUUUGUCCUCCUCUGCGGUUGGCUGCUGGCCGCUGUGGCUUUCGUUUGUGAGCGGCAGCACCGCAACAGCAGCUGCACCACCUGGCAUUGA